AAGAAGAAAAAGAAAAAAGAGUUAUGUCAUAUAAUCCCUUUAGCCAGUUUAGGCCUGCUGCACAUGGUUGGUUGGGCUUAAGGCAAUGAAUCAGCAGAUCUUCACUGCCAUCUGUUCUGUUGCAACGGUCAAUGUGCAGUGCUUGAAUGAGUCGAUAAUCACUUGCUUGUGAUUGAAUACAACCAAAACUAUACAACCUUUGUUGCUCAGCAUUCUGCCAUAAAACAGGGGGUAGGGGGGUCUCUUUUUAAAUUUUGGCCAAUAGGAUGGGCACUUAUGUGAAGGGGUGCUUAUUUGAGGGAAGGCACUAAUAUUCAAGCAUUUACGGUGUAAGCUCCAGUGGCCAGUGUGGACGAAUUCUUUAUUGUUGCCUGCUGUAAGAGCAGACUUUUUUCUUAGAAUUUGAAACUUUUUCUCAUUUCAGUUUUGUGUGAUGUAUAAAUCCAGGAACAACAGUAGCAUCCAGCGAGAUGACACAAUUGCUAAACUUGCUGCCAUGGUAAUGAAUGCUGGAAAGGGACACACUGUAAACCUGAAUAAGCCUGACUUGGCUAUUUGUGUUGAGAUCAUUAAGAAUGUCUGCUGCUUGAGUGUGGUUAAAGAUUUGUUCAAGCUGAGAAAAUACAACAUUCAUGAAGUGAACAAGCAAAUCAUCCAAUCUCAGUCCAAUCUCAACAGUGCAGAGCAAGAGGAUGAAAAGGCCAAUGACCCAAGUGUUGAAAAAACAAAUGACAAUAGUCAAGACAUACCUGAAACAGAUGUAAGUCAUACUGGUGAUAAAAGGGUUAACGAUACAGUUGUUGAAGAUAAAGUUAUUCACGACACAGUUGUUCAAGAUACAGUCACAGCAAAUCCAAAUAUCAUAAUAAAGGAAAACCAAGGGUAAUCUUUCAAGGAGAUUAUAAAAUGAGACCACCAGAGUGUUGUUGAUUCAUUCAUUAAGGAGGUAAGGAAUGACUUCAGUAUGGAAAAAAAACUACGGUGACAUGAAUGAGAAUGUUAACUGUGAUAUCUACAUCAACUGUAAUUACCACUGACAGUGAUGUUUGUUGUAGCAUGAUUGAGCACAGUGGUAAAGGUGUUCAUACCUAUUUGCACAAAUUUACUAUUGACCUCCAAUAAUGAACUUCCAAGACCUCAAAAAUAUGACAUCAGCUUUUGCACUGUAGCUUACAAAAAACUUAUUAUAAAAAUACCACAGCUUGGGUUUUCAAGUUGGACCUGACCUCUGCUUGGCAGUCACCCUUAAUUUUACUCAGUCUAUAAUAAAUUAUUACAGCAGCUAAAUUAGACUCCAUUCAAUACAUUACAUAAACUUGCAUUAAAUGAUACAGGAAAUGCUUGUCUUAUCUCAGGCAUACCAUACCUACUUAGGUACCUGUAUCUCUCCAUGCUCCAUGCCAUAAGGCACAUAAGGCUUUGACAUUCCCCUUACAUCCACAUUGAUUUGCCGUUAGAGCUCUGACAGUUGUCCAUGACUGCCACCCAGCUGUGCACCUUUCUUCCUCAACCAUUCUCCUCUAGUCUCCAUGACGGGACUGGACCUCCUAAACACCAGGCAGGUGCUCUGUCCACAGAGCUACAGAUAGACUCAUGGUGAGCAAUGCCUGUUAUUGGGUUCAUAUUGACAUGUAUGGGUUUUACAUACUGCUACAAUCAGCAUUGUUGAGAGCAUAUUGAAUGGUGAAUAAAGGUGGUAAAUUUCGAGUUCAGGUAGUAGUGAAAUGAGAAAGAUGCAACGUUUGUCAUGUCUCGAGCAUGUUAUAUCGAGUCCCUGAAAGGAUUCAAACCCGUUACCUCCCAAACACUAGGCAAAUACAUGUACUCUAUCCACUGAUGUAUCGAUAGGUCUGAAACUCAUGAAGUCGACUUGUGGCAAGUCUAGAUAGAGAACGGACUAUGUUGUUACUGGAACCGCAAAUCAACAAAUGUAAUCAAACUCAACUGACGAAACAUAGAUGUUUCCCCACUUAACAUCCCAGGGUGAUUCAAAGUCAUGUUUGUGAAGAGAAUAAAUAAUAAAUAUUUUCCAUGUUACACAACAAAAGCAGUUAUUAACAAGUCUCCCAUCCCAACAAAACGGGCAACAUUUGUGUUGAUUUACAUGGUCCAGAUUCAUAAGCUAUUGAGAAACCAAACUGUCUCAUAUGCACAAGUCUGUCCACAGACGUUUAUUUUUUUUGCUAUGAGUUAUUUUUCUUCAAGCAUGCAAGCAAUGCGAGCAUGUUUAGGAGCCCCAACCCCUCCACCCCCUGCAUUUUGGCUCGUCCAUAUCCCAUGCAUGGGGUUAAUAUUUUGCUAAGCUCGUGAUCUCAGUGAACUCAAGACAAAAUUGAAGAUCUAUGGACAGACUGUGUUUGCACGUGCUUUGCGAUGAUGUCAUUUGUUUUCACUCCUGCUGCAGGGAGGCCAAUUUGGAG